AAGGCGGGGGGGCGCCGUCCGCCGGUACUGCCGGCCCCGCCGCGCCGCAGCCGCCGCACGCGCCCCGCGCCCGCCGCCGCACGCGCCCGCCCGCCCGUUGCCGCCGCGCCAUGCCCGCCGACACGGGCAUGGAGAAACCGACCGCCUCGCCCAUCGCGGGGGCGCCGGCCAGCGCCAGCCACACGCCGGACAAGCCGCGGAGCGCCAGCGAGCACCGGAAGGUAAAUGGCGGGUGCCGGUCGGGGCGCAGCAGCGGUGGCGGAGGCGCUGGAUGGCGGCGAACCCGCGGCCGUGCUGAGUCCUCCAAGCCCAUCAUGGAGAAGCGGCGCCGGGCGCGGAUCAACGAGAGCCUGGGGCAGCUGAAGACCCUCAUCCUGGACGCGCUGAAGAAGGACAGCUCCCGGCACUCCAAGCUGGAGAAGGCGGACAUCCUGGAGAUGACCGUCAAGCACUUGCGAAACCUGCAGCGGGCGCAGAUGACGGGUAAGCGCGCACUGCCCGACCGGGGGGGUUGGGGGGGCGGGUGUGUGUGUGUGCUCCGGACCGGGGCUUGGGGACCGGGGACCGGGCUCCGGACCUGCCGCGAUGCUCACCUGCAUCCCCCUCCAGCCGCGCUCAGCGCCGACCCCACCGUCCUCGGCAAGUACCGGGCUGGAUUCAACGAGUGCAUGAACGAGGUGACACGGUUCCUGUCCACCUGCGAAGGGGUGAACACCGACGUGCGCACACGCCUCCUCAGUCACCUCUCGGCUUGCCUGGGCCAGAUCGUGGCCAUGAACUACCCGCCGCCACCGCCGUCCGGCCAGCCCGCGCAUCUGGCGCAGCAGCCUCUGCACGUCCAGCUGCCCCCCGCAGCAGCCGGAGCCGUGCCCGUGCCCUGCAAGCUGAACCCCGCUGAAGCCCUGUCCCCCAAGGUCUAUGGGGGCUUCCAGCUCGUCCCUGCUACCGACGGCCAGUUUGCUUUUCUCAUCCCGAACCCGGCCUUUCCUCCCAGCUCUGGACCAGUUAUUCCCCUGUAUGCCAACGCCAACGUCCCGGUGUCCGCAGGCAGCGGCUCGGGGAAUGCGGCUGCCACCCCAUCAGCAUCCCCGGUGCAGGGGUUGACAUCAUUUGGGGGCAGCAUUGUUCCAGCGUCCCAGGCGGGAAGUCCCAUCGGAGAGCGCAGUGAAUCGGUGUGGAGGCCUUGGUGACUUGCCUAAAACGCUUUCCUGCUCCCCAAAAAAACUCUUCUGUUGGCUCCGUUGUAUGGAGCCCUGUUAUGUUUGGGUUUUUUAAGCAGAUUUAAACAGAAAGGAAAAAAAAAAGGACCUCACUAUGAACGUGCUAUUUAUUAUUUUCAGAGGUUGGGAUCUCGACUUGUAUUUUUACUCCUUUAAAAUGCCUUUAUUUGAGAUACUUUUUUAAAAAAAAAUAAAUGAGAAAUAGUUUUGUAACAAAUAUUCAAAAGUAUAAUGCCAAAGUUGUUUGUAUCAAGUUUGUCUCUGUGUGUGUGUGCGUGCCUGUGUUGAAGACUUCCAAAAAAGGAAAAAAAAAAAAAUUGCAGGUGUUUAAAUAAAUAAACUCUUUGAAAUA